GUCAACUUAGAUUCAAAAACGAGACUAGAAACGAUCGCUGGUCUUUCUUCACCCAACCAUUACGUCUUCGAUGCGGCACAAAAAAAGAUAAUGGCUCUUAUGCAAAAGGACUCUUACCGAAGAUUUCUUCGAUCUGACAUUUGUAACAAACUUCGUAGUCAAGUCGAUGACAAAGAGCAAUGCUGCAAAAAUGAGCGGCCCCAGUGUACUUUUACUCCAGAUGCUAGUUCUCAAGCCUUCAGUGGUACGUACAAAGUCGCCUUAUCUUCAGAGCGCCUAGGCUCUGAUUCCCAUGGUUGCGGAUAUUAG